AUGGCACCAUAUGAGGCUCUGUAUGGUAGGAGAUGUAGAACACCUUUAUGUUGGGUAGAACCUGGAGAGAAUGUCAUGUUAGGACCUGAGAUAGUUCAACAAACUACUGAACAGGUUAAGAUGAUCCAAGAGAAGAUGAGAGCAACCCAGAGUAGGCAAAAGAGUUAUAAUGACAAGAGGAGAAAAGACCUUGAGUUUAAAGAAGGUGAUCAUGUAUUCCUUAAAGUCACUCCUUGGAUAGGAGUAGGCAGAGCACUGAAAUCCCGUAAGCUUACUCCACGUUUCAUUGGUCCUUAUCAAAUUCUUAAAAGGAUCGGUGAAGUAGCCUAUCAAAUUGCCUUGCCUCCAUCUCUUUCAAAUCUUCAUAGUGUCUUUUAUGUUUCUCAACUCAGAAAAUAUGUCCAUGAUCCCUCCCAUAUCAUUGAGUCUGACAACAUUCAGUUGAAGGAUAAUCUCACCUAUGAAACGAUUCCUUUAAGGAUUGAUGACAAGAGGGUGAAACAACUAAGAGGAAAGGAAAUUCCUUUGGUUAAGGUCGUGUGGGUAGGAAAUAUUGAAGAAAGUGCUACAUGGGAAUUAGAAAGAAAGAUGCGAGAAGCUUAUCCAUUUCUGUUUUCAGGUGUGCCGCUGAGGCUGCAUACGAGUGAUGCUAACAAGGUGUACCUUAGGGUCACCGACAGUUGUGAUAUGCUAACUAGGUGUACCUUGGGGUCACCAGUGAUGUAA